GACGCGGGGGCGGGGCAGAAGGGGCGGGGCGGGGCGGGAGGGGGACUUCCCCCUCCUCAUCCCCGCGCGCGCGUUUCCUCAGGGCUCACGGCUUCCCCCUCGGCGCCCGGUGCGGAGCGUGGCCUGCGCACGGGCUGAUCGGCCCCUGGGAGCAGGCGGGGUAGCCGGAGUCAGUUGGCGGCCGGAGGCGGCGGCUGGUCGGUGCGGCGGCCUCGCCAUGGUUUUCCUUAAACUCCGCGAGCAGCCACCGCUGGUUCAAGCUAUAUUUAAUGGGGACCCUGAUGAAGUUCGAGCAUUAAUAUUUAAGAAAGAAGAUGUUAACUUUCAGGAUAAUGAAAAGAGGACCCCUUUACAUGCUGCUGCCUAUCUGGGAGAUGCAGAAAUUAUUGAACUACUUAUUUUAUCUGGAGCUAGAGUUAAUGCCAAAGACAGCAAGUGGUUGACUCCCUUACACAGAGCUGUUGCAUCAUGUAGUGAGGAUGCUGUUCAGGUGUUGUUAAAGCAUUCAGCAGAUGUCAAUGCCCGUGACAAAAACUGGCAGACACCCCUACAUAUAGCAGCUGCAAAUAAAGCUGUUAAAUGUGCUGAAGCUUUGGUGCCUCUUCUAAGUAAUGUAAAUGUGUCAGAUCGAGCAGGUAGAACAGCAUUACAUCAUGCAGCCUUCAGUGGACAUGUUGAGAUGGUGAGUUUGUUGUUGUCUAGAGGUGCCAAUAUUAAUGCAUUUGACAAGAAAGACAGACGAGCUAUACAUUGGGGAGCAUAUAUGGGUCACAUUGAAGUUGUGAAAUUACUUGUGACCCAUGGAGCUGAAGUGACAUGCAAAGACAAGAAAUCAUAUACACCCCUACAUGCUGCAGCAUCUAGUGGAAUGAUCAGUGUAGUCAAAUAUCUUCUAGACCUUGGAGUUGAUAUGAAUGAACCAAAUGCCUUCGGAAAUACUCCGCUUCACGUAGCUUGCUACAAUGGACAAGAUGUUGUAGUAAAUGAACUUAUAGACUGUGGUGCUAAUGUAAAUCAGAUGAAUGAGAGAGGUUUUACACCUUUGCACUUUGCUGCUGCAUCAACGCAUGGAGCAUUGUGUUUAGAACUUUUGGUCUGUAAUGGAGCAGAUGUAAAUAUGAAGAGUAAAGAUGGGAAAACGCCAUUGCAUAUGACAGCAAUCCAUGGUAGAUUUUCAAGAUCACAAACCAUCAUCCAGAAUGGAGCUGAAAUAGACUGUGAAGAUAAGAAUGGAAAUACUCCUUUGCACAUCGCAGCUAGAUAUGGUCAUGAGCUACUAAUCAACACUCUAAUUACAAGUGGUGCUGACACUGCAAAGAGGGGUGUACAUGGGAUGUUUCCUCUCCAUUUGGCAGCAUUAAGUGGAUUUUCAGACUGUUGCAGAAAGCUCCUUUCAUCAGGCUUUGACAUAGACACCCCAGAUGAUUUUGGCAGGACUUGCCUUCAUGCAGCUGCAGCUGGAGGGAAUUUGGAGUGCCUAAACCUUCUGCUCAACACUGGUGCAGACUUCAACAAAAAGGACAAAUUUGGGAGAACUCCACUUCAUUAUGCUGCUGCCAAUUGUAAUUACCAGUGCCUGUUUGCCCUUGUGGGAUCUGGAGCUAGUGUGAAUGACCUUGACGAGAGGGGUUGUACACCAUUGCACUAUGCAGCUGCAUCGGACACAGAUGGCAAGUGCCUGGAAUACUUACUAAGAAAUGAUGCAAAUCCAGGGAUCCGAGACAAACAAGGAUACAAUGCAGUUCAUUAUUCUGCUGCCUAUGGUCAUCGCUUGUGUCUUGAACUGAUUGCAAGUGAAACUCCUCUAGAUGUUCUAAUGGAAACAUCAGGUACUGACAUGCUGAAUGAUUCCGACAACAGAGCACCAAUUAGUCCAUUGCACUUAGCUGCCUAUCAUGGUCAUCAUCAAGCUCUGGAAGUACUGGUGCAGUCUUUGUUGGACCUUGAUGUGAGGAACAAUAAUGGAAGGACACCAUUGGAUCUUGCAGCUUUUAAGGGACAUGUGGAGUGUGUGGAUGUACUUAUUAAUCAGGGAGCAUCAAUCUUAGUGAAAGACUAUGUUGUAAAGAGAACUCCAAUACAUGCUGCAGCUACAAAUGGUCAUUCAGAAUGCUUGCGAUUGUUGAUAGGCAAUGCGGAACCACAGAAUGCAGUGGACAUUCAAGAUGGAAAUGGACAGACUCCUCUGAUGCUGUCUGUUCUCAAUGGGCACACAGACUGCGUUUAUUCAUUGCUUAACAAAGGAGCAAACGUAGAUGCCAAAGAUAAAUGGGGAAGAACUGCAUUGCAUAGAGGGGCAGUUACUGGGCAUGAGGAGUGCGUGGAAGCAUUGCUUCAACAUGGUGCUAAGUCCUUGCUACGAGACUGCCGAGGGCGAACACCUAUACACUUAUCAGCUGCAUGUGGGCAUAUUGGUGUUCUAGGAGCUCUUUUCCAGUCAGCAACAUCUGUGGAUGCAGUGCCUGCCAUAGCAGACAAUCAUGGAUAUACAUCACUGCACUGGGCCUGUUAUAAUGGUCAUGACAGCUGUGUAGAGCUUCUUUUGGAACAGGAAGUUUUUCAGAAAAUGGAAGGAAAUUCUUUCAGCCCAUUGCAUUGUGCUGUGAUAAAUGACAAUGAAGGUGCUGCUGAAAUGUUAAUUGAUACGUUGGGUGCUGGCAUUGUAAAUUCAACAGAUGCAAAAGGAAGAACCCCCCUUCAUGCAGCAGCUUUUACAGAUCAUGUGGAGUGUUUACAGCUUCUACUCAGUCAUAAUGCUCAAGUAAAUGCUGUAGAUUCUUCUGGAAAGACUCCUCUAAUGAUGGCUGCAGAAAAUGGGCAAACUAACACCGUUGAGGUGCUGGUUAGCAGUGCUAAGGCUGAUCUGACCUUGCAAGAUAGCAGUAAAAACACAGCACUCCAUUUGGCUUGCAGCAAGGGUCAUGAAACUAGUGCCUUGUUAAUACUGGAGAAGAUUACGGAUAGAAACCUCAUCAAUGCCACCAAUGCAGCUUUGCAAACACCUCUGCAUGUUGCUGCUCGAAAUGGAUUAACAGUUGUAGUUCAAGAACUUUUAGGCAAGGGAGCAAGUGUACUUGCUGUAGAUGAAAAUGGUUACACACCAGCUUUGGCCUGUGCUCCUAAUAAGGAUGUGGCUGAUUGUCUAGCUCUCAUUUUGGCCACGAUGAUGCCUGUUUCAGCAAGCAGCACUUUACCUUCCCUUACAUUCAAUGCCAUUAAUCAUUACACCAACACCUCAAAAACUGUCACAUUUGACUCCUUGCCAAUCAUGAGGAGUGAACAUAGCUCUUACUGUAGUUUCAACAACAUUGGCAGGGAAGAUGGCUACCCAUAUACAGAAGAGGAUGAGCUUAAUGACUCAGAUUCUGAGACCUAUUAAGAAGCUUCAUCUGGAGGUCUGAAGAGUGAACCCAGUCAUCUGAAGGUCAGAAUUGUGCUUUUGGAAAAAAGCAGUCAGUCUUCAAUUACAAAAGAGGACAGACCUACGAGAAGAUUUUGGGUAUUUUUUUAAUUGUGGGUGCAUAUGAAAGAUCUGUGUGUGACACUAGGAGGAUUUUAAAGAGCAGGUUUUGCAAAAGAAGCAUAAAUUCUAAAAAUACUUGGAAUCUACAGCAAAAAAAAAAUUAAGAAUGUCAAAACUGUUUUAUUUAAUUGUACAUUACCAUUUUGUUUGUGGUGCCAGGAGUAACUUCUCCAGACUCUGCACCCUAGUCUAAGUGAACAACACUAUUGUACAACAAAAAGGACACUAGAUUUAACUAUAAUCAAUAAAACUAAAACCAUUUUGAAGGCAAUAAAUGAGUUUGGUACAGUAGGCAUUGUGUGUGCAGCAAAUUGCCAAAGGACCAAAUAACUUAAAGAUUUUUUUAAUUAAAUACCUUUUGUGGAAACUGGAAUAGGUUAAAUGAGAUGUUGUCUUAACCAAACCUUAAUUAUUUCUGAGAGUGAAGCUUAGAUUUGGUUUUAAAUAUUGAGUUUUUUAUAAUCUAAAAGCCUUCCGACACUAUUAAAUGUACCACGAAAGAAAGGAGAUGUAUCUUUCAGUUUUGUUUUUUCUUUGAGAUUAAACAAAAAUGAACUUGUCAUACUUUUAUAAAGCUUAAAAAAAAAAAACAGCUAACAAGGUGCAGUCAGGGUGAAACGUGUGCAGCGUAAUAAACAAGGGGAGGAGUGGGAUGGAAACAGUAAUUGUUGCACAGUUUUAGAUUUUUAACUUCUGGGUUUUAAAUUGAGAUAUUUUUAUUUAAAUACAUGAAGGGUAAUUUACUGAGAAAAUGAAACUACAUAAAAAUUUAAAUGGAAUUUCCUGACACCCUAUUGUGGCUGAAAGUUCUUAGGGAAUGGAUUUAUCAACAAUUCACCCACUUAUUUACAUCAUAAAGUUUGUAAGUGAGAUGAAGUCUGUGCCUCCAUAUUGUAUUUCUUUUAAAACUUGGAAUUCUGAGUGGGGGUGGGAGGAAGAUGAAUUUAAAAGAAAGUUUCCCUGUUAUCAAAAGGUAGAAUGUUGGAUCUUCAGGAAGAAAUAUCUGUGGUGUUCUCCAUUUAAAAAAUCAAUAGAAGAUGCAGGCCCCUGUAGAGUGCUACAAACUUGCCCUCAGUCUUUUUAUUUAUAACAGACUACUGUUUAAAAAAAAUAAAUAAAAAAAGGUGCCUGAAAAAUGGAAGACUUCAAAGUUUGUCUGUUAAAUGAGUAUUUAGUUUAUUGGAUUCUGCUUUAACUAUAACUAUUACUUUUAAAGUGACAUUGCUUGCGUACAUGCAAGGGAUUCUUGCAUGGCCAGGUAAAAUACAAAUAAACUGAAUCCCACUUACCUUUUAUCCUUUUUUGUAUUGUGAAACUGGAAACCUUAAUGCCAUUGUAAAUUAUCAGCUGGUUUUCUGAACAUAAAGUGUGGAAACACACAGACAGUAUUUUGAUCUAUUUGAUAAUUUUGUGGGUUUUUUGAAGAAUUAAUGAGCAUGUACAUAGAAAUAGUGAUUGCUUGAAUACUGUAUUUACCUGCACUCUUUCAGUACAUCAAGAUUCCUGUAUAUUUUACAGAGUAUAAUAAAACCCAGAUGUGAGUUGUAUUUAAUGAAUAAUUUAUUUGUAUCUGUGUAUCAUACUUAAGCAGCAAUUACAAAGAUUCUUUUGUUGAAUAACUAUUAGAAUUUAUAAAAUUUAUUUUACAAAGGCUUUGCUGUCCUUUUAAUUCCAAAGUGCAUGUAAAUAAUUCAGAUUUACAAUCACUUUACAAGGAAGACUUAAGUGAUAUUUAAUUACUGUUUAGACUCUAGAUUGUCUUGUAAGCAUCACUUUCUUGUUAGGAGUUCAUAAAUAUUGAUUAAUGGCUGAAACAGCAUACUAUAGAAAAAGUUGGGGAGUUCAUGCUUUUUCUAUACCACACUGUCCUCUGAAUCUUCUUUGGAGUUCUUUAUUGUUUAGCCAUACUUUUUGAUUCAGUACAUCUUAUCAGUAACCUGGUAAUUUCUAUGAUGAUAUGAUUUGAACCAGUUGGGACAAGGUUUUCCCCACACUGCAAAGAGGAGAAUUGAUUUACAUUACAUGCCUGUUGUCUAAAAGCUAACGUCUGUGAUAUUUAGUUACUGGUGCUUUUCAGUUUUUGCUGCUCCAAAAGAACAGUGAGGUCAUACUGAAUGCAGCUGCAAUCUGUACUAGCAAAUGUUUCUGCUCUUAACUCUUCAAGAUGUGAUAAUUUUAUCUCAAGAUGGUCUGUCACCUUGGCCUGUGUGGGUCCUCCAUCCCACCCCCCAGAUAAAAAGGACAGUAAUUUAUAGGAUGGCUGACAAUUAUCUAGUUUGAAAUGCUCCGAGGUUGAACACUAGGUCUCUUAGGGCAGGUCAUCGGUCCCCCAAAGAAGCCUACUGGUUUAAAUGCAUUGCUAACUUUGUUCUCUUUUUAAAAAGGCACUAAAGAGAAAUGGAAAAAAUAUCAAUACAACCCUCACCAACCUCUUCUCCUGUUCCAUUGCAGCUCACAGUUGAAGGAAGCAGCCUGUGUCUGUUUUGUUCCUUAGAAUGGUAUUCUUUUUAAUUAAUGUUCUUUGUGAGCUUGCCAUUUCUGUGUCUAAGCUGCCUCUGCCCUUAAUGCUGUUAUAUAAAGAUUUAAAAAAAUGAUCUGAGUUUAGAAUUGCAGUGAGCCACCAAUAUGAACAUAAGAGUGGCUAUCCUGGGGUCAGACCAAAGGUCCACCUAGCCCAGUAUCCUGUUUUUCUGACAGUGGCUGGUCCCAGAUGCUUGUGGGAACGAACAGCUAGGGCAAUUAUCGAGUGAUCCAUCCUGUGUCAUCUAGUCUCACUUCUGGCAGUCAGAGGUUUUGGGACACCCAGAGCGCAUGGGUUGUGUCCCUGACCAUCUUGGCUAAUAGCCAUUGAUGGACUUAUCCUCCAUUAACUUAUCCAAUUCUUUUUUGAAUCCAGUGAUUUUUUGGCCUUCACAACAUCCCUUGGCAAUGAGUCCCACAGGUUGACUGUGCACUGUGUGAAGAAAUAUUUCCUUUUGUUUGUUUUUAAGCCUGCUGCCUAUUAAUUUCAGUGGGUGACCCCUGUUUCUUGUGUUAUGUGAUGGGUAAAUAAAAUUUCCUUAUACACUUUCUCUA